AUGGCUCAGCAGCGGAGCUACCAUGCACCUGGCCCCCUGCAGUCACAAGGCGAGGCUGCCUUUGGUCAACAAGGACAAGAUGAAAGUGAAAGAGACGAGCUUCGUGGAGUCAUCGACGACUUGACAGUUGAAAACAAAAGAUUGAAGAACAUCCUGAAAACCUGGCAGUCCCGAUCGAGUCCGAAGUCGUCACAGGGUCCUGACCGGAUCAUCGAAGUUCGCAUGCAUGGCUUACCUGCAGAGAGGAAAAGAGAACUCGAACAAAUUCUCAAAACAUUUGCACAUGGUCUCAAUGAUGGGGACUCAACGUCUCAACCCGGCUCGUCGCUGCCGAUGGAAAAGUCAUUGCCUAGCACAGAAAAGAGUCUGCCGACUGGCCAGAGACCAGAUCAAACCAACACCGAUUCAGGUUAUGCAUCCAUCUCAGGCUCGGGCCUUAACUCGUCCACCGGCGCGGCGGCUCUCAGCGAACCUCUAUCCAAGAGGAAGAAAGCCAAGGAUAUCAAGAAUUAUCUGCACGACAUUCCCGACUCGCUCUUCCCUCAAGACACCAUGUCCGUGAGCGAGAGUGCUAGAAUGAAUCUUGUCGUUCAGAGACUGGAACAAUUGUUCACCGGCAACCGCGCAAAACCCGGUGAGCAUAGCCUCCCUGUCCAACAGCAGAAGAUAUCUCGUGCUGCGGCAAAGGCGGAUCGCGCAGAGAACCGUCGGCAAAAUCGCGAAAACAAGGUGGAAGGAUCACGUGAAGCACGGGUGCUGCCACCAGAGUCCAAGAUCAACUUCGAUUCGGCGGAACUAGAGCUGCCACAAACUCGAACACAAGGCCAGAAUGGCAAAUCAGGGGUUUCAGCCUCUGAUUCACCUGCGUCGACCGAUCGCCCAGGUUCUCCGAACCAGCGCCCCACCCGGCCUCUAGAUCUCGACAUCCAUCGAGCUCAAGUGGCUGAAGAUAACAUCAAAUAUCUCCGCCAUUUGGGUCUCGCAUCGCCUCAGUUUGGUUCAAGCCCAGGACAAGAACAGCCAUGGCUUUACUUGAACUUGCUAUCCAGUAUGGCUCAACUUCAUACUCUCAACGUCACACCGGCUUUUGUUCGUAAGGCCAUUAAGCAGCGAAGUACCAUGUUUGAACUAUCGAAAGACGGACAUAGAAUCCGUUGGAAAGGGGAUGCAAUGGCCCCAGUCUGGCCCGAUACACAAGUAAGUCCGGCCUCGGCAGAACCCCGUGGCUCUGAAGACAUGACCGAUGAAGGUGGCCGUCACAGCGUGAGGGGAAGCAACACGAGUACUGUGAACGAACCUUCGAUGUCUUUGUCAGAUGACAAGAAACAACGCAAGUUAAGUACUGUGGGUUCUAAGCUUGUCACUUCCGUUGGUACUUCUUCCAACCUUGCUUUGAACCAAACUUCAUCCAAAUCAAUAUCGUCGGCCUUCGACUACAAGCCAAUCGUGUUCAAGGGCAAGAGGAAUCCCUUGAAGGCUGGCCAUUCUUAUCUCGACUCAUCGAGCUCCAAUGGAGAGUUUUCACCGGACGAUAGCGAUCUUGCGCAAGCGCUCAGUCGGUCAAGCCUUAAGUCCAAGGAUGAAUCUCGCGAGGGCCUCAUGACCUUUUUCAGCAAUCCAUACUAUUGCACGGACCUGAGCGGAGAUCGUUCGCCUGUUAAUCUCCGGUCUCUUGACCCCGAAGACAGCCGUGAAGUCCUGGGAUUAGCUAAAGCGCAUCAACCAGGAGACUCAAUCAUUCGGGAUAUUAACGCCUGCUAUUACACCGCUCGAGCUGACCCAGCAUUGCGAGCUUGGCCUACGGAAUGCCCGGACGUAGAGAUGGUAUUCAAGCCUAUCGAGGCGAGUGGAGAGGACGAGACACAACCUCUUGAGUUCGAAGCAUCUGGGAUCGGUGGUGUUAGACCAGAAGACAAUUUUGCCCUCGACGUCAAGAUUGCAAGGACCAGAUUCAGGGAUGGCGGUCGGAAGGAAAAGGGAAAAGGAAAAGCAAGACGAGGUAUUCAUGGCCAGGCCGAAUAUUCCUACCGCUUGGAGAAGUGCACCCAGUUGACUCUUCAACCAUCUCGUCUCCCACCGCCAAGCUACGUCUUCCACACCAGUUCCUCGUCGAGUGCUGAGAAAGGCCACUUCUACGACGAUGAUUCCGACAGUGAUGCUCCUGACGACGACUUCUCUCCCGGACCUGGAGGCUUGAUGUGGCGAUGGUCCUCGGAGUCGAACGAGCACUUGAUAGUCGAUGAAGGAUCAGACGCCAGUUCUUCCAUGGGGAGGUUGGAAGCGUCCCGAACAAGACUGGGCAACCCCGGCGCGGGUGCACGGGCAAAUCAUGAUUUUAUUAUCCAUCCCUCAGGCGGGACCAUGAGCGGAAGCUUGGCUGCGACUGUCGGUGCCAGUUGGUCUGCCAAGUCCAACGUCGAGCAAGAGCCCGAACCGGCUGUUGAAGAAGACGAGACAUCGAGCGAAAUGAGCACUGAUGAGGGAAGUCUUUGA